CAAACGCCCGGCCGUUCCCUCACAUUUCCCAUUUUCUUUUCCAAGAACAUCAGAAAGAAAACUGAGUUCGGCCUGAUUCCUCCGGCAUCCCCAACCCCUCAAAAAUCCACCCCCCUCUCUCUCUCCCACGGGGAAGAAACCCAACCCAACCCCUUUUGAUUGUUCUUCCCAACUCCUCCGAUGGUCGAUUUCGAAAAGAUGGAUUCUUGAAGACGAAGACGAAGACGAAGACGAAGAAGAAGGAAAAUAAUUAAUCCUUUGGUUUUGGGGGUGGCGAUUCGGUGUGGGGGGGAAAGAAAAAAUGGGGGCACAGCACGCCUCCAGAUCGAGCCCUGAAUGCGAGACUCAAGUGAUUCUCAACGUGUACGAUCUCAGCCCCGCGAAUAGCUACACCGCCUGGUUUGGUCUUGGCAUCUUCCAUUCCGGCAUUGAAGUGCAUGGUAAGGAAUAUGGCUUUGGAGCACAUGACUUUCCAGCUAGUGGAGUAUUCGAAGUGGAACCUCGGAGCUGCCCAGGAUUCAUAUACAGGUGUUCUAUUGCGCUGGGCCCCAUAAAUAUGCCUCCCUCAGACUUCCGGCUCUUCAUCGAGAAUAUGGCUUCUGAAUAUCAUGGGGAUACAUAUCAUCUCAUAUCCAAGAAUUGCAACCACUUCACUAAUGAUGUCGCUUUUAGAUUGAUUGGCAAAACAAUCCCAGGGUGGGUGAACAGGUUGGCCCGGCUAGGUUCUAUGUGUAGUUGCAUUCUUCCAGAAAGCCUUCAAGCAACUACUGUUAAGCAGCUGCCAGACUAUCACGACUUUUCCGAGGAAGACAGUACUGAAUCUAUAUCGACUGUGACUCCUCGGACCGAGAUAUAUGACUCCGAUCAAGAGAAGCACUUGUUGUCGUCUCAGGAAGCAGCUGGACACGUGGCUUUUAUUAAAGAACCAGAGAAAUAUCGAGCUUAGGUAGAAAACAACCUGCUUGCAGCUACAGUAAGUGUCGUUUGCCUAUCAUUGCAUUUUCCCCUAUCUCCAAGUCCACGCUUGAUUACCACAAUUCAAACGAUGUAAUCGUUCUUUCGGAAAUCCCCAUUAUUUGUUUCCUACAUUGUGUGGUGCUCCCCUAUGUAAUAUCUCUGUACUCCAUAUUAUACGCGGGAUGGACGAGUCCGCUGUAAAUGAGUAUUCAUUCGACCGGUUUGUGCUUUGA